AUGGAUUGCGCCUUAAAUUCGUCCUUACUAUUGACACUGCCCCCCGAGAUCCUUACCAUGAUCUUCGAACAAGCCCCACUGGUGGACAAGGUUAUGUUGGCCACGAGCUGUAAGAGGAUGCUCGCCAUUGGGAGGCUGUCUGCAGGUAAUCUUCAAUCGAAAUUCGUGGGCGUGUCCUCCAUGAGCCAUCAACCUACAGCCAUGUCAAUUCCAAUCAAUAUCCCUGCGCAGCCGCUCCAUCGCCAGCGCUCGCCAUUGGACUCCUCGCCGUUCCCAGAAGAUGAAGGUCCGUACAUGGGAUAUACCGAAACUUUUGAAAAUGGCCACAUCUACCGCGCAGUGUCAUCUGGCUCCGGCAGAUUCGUUGCGGCCGGGCCACAGAGCAACUUGCCAUCCAUGUCCUUCGUCGUCGAAAAGGAAAGAGCAAGUAACAUUAUCACCAUCAAGUUUAGAAGCAGAGACCUCAAGCAAGUCAUCUGCCAAGUUCUCGGGCACAAGAUCGUUCCGCCCUUGCAACUUGCGCUCAGCAUUGACCAAGUUCUCCAACAUUAUGAUAGCCUGCGAGCUGAGCUAGACUUCUUGGCAGACAACCAUCCAUACGACGAUACAACCAAGGAGAUGCGCUUGCUUGUUGAUGACCUCCUGCUCGAGCGGUCUCUCUACGAUGGAUCCAACAUGGGUCGACUACGCCAGGAAGGCGUCGUUACUCCCUCCCUUCUCCGAGAUAUCCAUCAACGAAACAUGGAUCUUGGAGUGAAUGACCUUGAGGAAUGCUUCCAGCUUGGAGAGAUCAGCGAAGAGGAUUCAAAUGAGUUCCUAGAGACCCAGAAUGCCCAGAUCAACAAAUUUGCACGAACGGGUAAUUUGGACCUUCUCAGUGGGUUUUGUGAACCGCUUUUGCGAUCCAACGAUAUCCAGAUCAUCUACGAUGCUGGUCUUCUCUCUCAGAUUCUUGACGAAGGCUUCUUCGAUAUAUAUGUGUAUAUCUUAGACCUUGUUGAACGGACACGGUCAAUGGAGGGAGACAUGCCGAACCCUGAUUAUCCCGAUAUAACGUACGAUCCACUCUGUGUCGCUAUCCGUCUCGGUCACUGCCCAGCUGUUCGUGCCUUGAUUUCCAACAAACUCGAUACUUUUGAAGGACGAAUUGAAGAUGCUGUUGGUCAUAGCGACCGCGUCUUUACACCACUCCUGGCCGCAAUUCUAUGGCAACAAGUUGCUGUAAUCCGUCUGUUGCUAAGAGAGGGCCCUCUGUAUCAUUCCGAGUUGGUUAAAGCCAACAAUUUUGCAGUCGAGAUGGGAUUCACGGAUAUUUUGGACGUUCUGGCAGACCUACCGAAGCCAAAGACGUCAGCUCAUGAGGCCAUGAGCGCCAAGUACCCAGUACCAAGGGCCCCCCAGUUCUUACCUACAGGUAGAUACUCGCCCUACCAAAGACCAAUUUUCCGUCCAUCGGGUGGUAACAGCAGCAUAUCUGGUAUUAGCAGUGCUUUGUCUGGUUCACGGCAAGACCAGAUGACAAAGACCACUCCUACACCUUUCAUGUCUCAUCCAACCAGCCCUGGGACCUCUUCGGUGACAGUCUCUUCCCCAAGAGUGCCCGACUUUUGCAUUUCACCCCAAGAUCUCUCAAUUUCCCAAGUCUUAUCACCUGUCUUAUCGCCCCAGUUUGAUCCCCCAUCUGUGCGAAGUACUCAAGCGUGGCCCUCUCAAGACCCCUACAGCACUAUUCAAGAAGUAAUUGAGAGACCGAUGCUCCUCGAUUUUACCCGCAGCUACAAGCGUAGAAGUCAUCUGGGACACUCAUCUAUGCUCCGCUUGCAGCAAAGCUGCCGGAGAAUUAAAGAGUUCUUUGAUCAGCGUGGCGACGUGGGAGAGUAUGGUACCAUCCGAAAUCAUUGCAUAAACCCCACAAGUCUUUCCAGGUCGGGUCUCAAUCAUUUACGGAACAUCUUGAGAAACCAGGCACCACCUGGACUCGCACCCGUUCUCCAAGCCCUUCUGGUCGCUGACGCGCUGAUCUACCAGCUUCCAGAUAGUAGGGAACGAGAUACCGAAUUUACUCAGGAUCUAUAUCGGUGGAAAGUUGUGGCCCUCGAACGAGAAUUAGACAGGAAAAUGUUUGACGAACUUGUCCGUGCCAUUUGGAAGACCGAGUGUCUACCCCCCAACACGCUGCCAGCGUCUCGGGAGGACGCCCUGCGGUUCGGUGAAUUGGCUAGGGAUCUUGUUUCGGUCACUCAUAUCAAGCCCCCUGACCUAAAACCCGUAGGCACUCGGAUACGGGCUAUACAGCGAAAAAUACAGGGCUACCACAAGGGCUCUCCAAAUGUCGAGAUGAUGGCGUUACCCGGCCCAGAAUCUACAACUGCAAGGGGAGACAGCGCGCUCGAUGUACACGUUGUUGAACCCAGGGUGGUUCUUCUAUUACAAUCUGUGGCGCUCAAUGUCCUGUUUGCAACUUCAUCCGCGAUCCAAGACGUCGAGGACAGCGGCUCGUCCCAACACUUGUUUGGAGCUCCUGCCAGCAUCAAUCGGUCAACAGCGAUAGUUGAAGAUUAUCUCAGCUUCGACAGAAAUAAUUAUGCUUCGUACGAUUCUGGUAUUGGAAUGGAGACCCCUCUCGAACACCCAAUGAGCCCAUGGAUGUUGGCCAUGAAAGAUGACCAUAUGGCUCAAGAGUCUCUUUAUCAGCCUGAAGAAGCCCAGGAUGCAUUGAACUUGGACCCAGCCCUUUUGAGCUUUGGGGACAACAGCCUGAUGCUGAUUGAGCAGCAGGAAACAGGCAUAUUUUUCGAUGACAUCUUGACUCCUCCAGCGCAAGACACGGCGACCAUGCUGUCUUUCGAGACUCAACUUCCAGGAGAGUCAGCCCAAAGAACGGAAUACAAGGACUUUCGCGCGACUCCGAGCAACAUAGAUUGGUUGGAUGAACGUACAACCCCCCAACAAGAAUGUUCAACGAGAACGGCAAACAUGAGCUGCCCCGACUGCGGCAAGGUCUUGUCUAGCUGGAAUAAGGCAAACCAUGAGAGGUAUUGGUGCAGAUAUAACCCCAAUCGGGAGCGAAAAACAUGA